CACAUAUGACGGGGUUUGUGGGAUGACCUAUCUCGACAUGGUUAUCCAUGAAACGUUGAGAAUGUACCCUCCCUUGGGAAUGGUGCCGCGCGUGUGUAUCCAGGAAUACGCUGUUCCGAACAGUAAAGUCAUCCUGCGGCCGGGAGACAGCGUGAUCCUUUCGAUCCACGGGUUUCAGCGGGACGAAGAGUAUCACCCGAAUCCCGACGUUUUUGAUCCGGACCGAUUUUCCACGGAAAAUCGGAGCACCACGGAAUUUGCGUAUUUCCCCUUCGGCCACGGGGUCAGGAUGUGCAUAGGAAUGCGGAUUGCCCUGUUAGAAGUAAAAUUGGGGUGUGUCACAUCGUUCAAAAUUUUGAACUUGCCGCCACCCCGGAAACCCUGGUGCCAAUGA